CUAUGUGAUGAUGAUGCCCUUUAAGCGGCAGGCGCUGGUGGAGUUUGAGAUGGUGGAGAGUGCUGAUAAGUGUGUGGCAUGUGGCAGUAGCGAGGCCGUCUACAUCGCAGGCCAGCAGGCCUUCUUCAACUACUCCACCAGCAAGAGGAUCACUCGCCCCACCAACUCAGACAACCCCAACAGUGGCAACAAAGUCCUGCUCCUGUCUAUCCAGAAUCCCCUCUACCCCAUCACCACGGAUGUUCUCUACACCGUCUGCAACCCCAUCGGCAGUGUGAUGCGCAUCGUCAUCUUCAAACGCAACGGCAUCCAGGCCAUGGUGGAAUUUGAGUCCGUCGAGUGUGCUCAGAAAGCUAAGGCUGCUCUCAAUGGAGCUGACAUCUAUGCCGGCUGCUGCACCUUAAAAAUUGAAUAUGCAAGGCCAACUCGCUUGAACGUGAUCAGAAAUGACAACGAGAGCUGGGACUACACAAAGCCUUACCUGGUCCGAAGAGAGCGUGGGAAGGGCAGGCAGGCCAUACUGGGAGAGCACCCGUCCUCUUACGGAGACAAUGGAUACGGGUCACACUGCCCCCUGCUGCCUCUCCCAGGGAACAGCAGGUACAAGCUGAGCUCCCACGACAUCCCAGAGGUGGUGGCUUACCCCCUGCCCCAAAGCUCCUCUUACAACAACCACGGCUCUAGCUCUGUCGCCAUGGUGAGCGGCCUGCACCCCACCAAGAUGAACUGCACCCGCAUCUUCAACCUUUUCUGUCUCUAUGGCAACAUCGAAAAGGUGAAGUUCAUGAAGAGUGUCCCGGGCACUGCCCUAGUAGAGAUGGGGGAUGAGUAUGCAGUGGACAGGGCCAUCACUCACCUCAACAGCAUCAAGGUGUUUGGCAAGCGGCUUAAUGUCUGUGUGUCCAAGCAGCAUGCGGUCAUCCCCAGCCAGGUGUUUGAGCUGGAGGACUGCAGCAGCAGCUAUAAGGACUUUGCCAUGACCAGGAACAACCGCUUCACCAGCCAAGGCCAAGCCUCCAAGAACAUCAUCCAGCCACCCUCCUGUGUGUUGCACUACUACAACGUUCCUCCCUGCAUUUCAGAGGACCAGCUACUGAGGCUAUGCUCAGAGCAUGAUGUACCAGGUUUCACCAAGUUCAAGAUGUUUGAUGCAAAGCCCUCCUCCAAAACUAUCUCUGGGUUGUUAGAGUUUGACUCCAAGACGCACGCGGUCGAGGUCUUGACCGUCCUAAACCACUACCAGAUCAGAAUACCAAAUGGCUCUAACCCCUACACCCUGAAGCUGUGCUUCUCCACGUCCUCUCACCUCUGA